CCCCGGAUCCGCCUCCCUCUCCUUCCUCCCGGAGGUUGAGACGAAGCGUGGGACGCACCUGGGUCCCUCUCUGGUCACCCUGCUGAGGCUCCGGGGGCUGCUCCGGGAGCAGGAUUUACAGGCCCGGAGAAAGCCAAUGGGAAAUCCAAAUGGUCGGGGACUCCGGCGCUUUAAGAGGCUUUUCUCUGGGAAACACCCGUCUCCUCCGUGCGCCUUAUGAAUGGAAAUACUCCUCCCCCGGUCGAGCCCAUUUUCCCAUUUCACCAGGAGCCGCAGCCUGCUCUCUCCUUUCGGUCUCCCCGCCCACAUCAACGCGGGCAGCUCCAGGAGGGGACGGACAGGAAGCCUUUGGCCGCCUAUUAAAUCCCACCCAUUUCUCCGGGGGCGAUUUCCUAACCUUCCGGGACCGAAUUCUGCAAUUUGAUUUGCUUCCAAGAUCCGGUACUUGCAGGAAUAUCAUAACCGGGUUCUCCACAACAUUUAUCCUGUACCAUCAGGAACAGAUAUUGCAAACACCUUGAAAUACUUUUCUCAGACCUUGUUAAGCAUUUUGUCCCGCACAGGGAAGAAGGAAAACCAAGAUGCCUCCAAUUUGACAGUGCCCAUGACCAUGUGUCUUUUUCCUGUGCCAUUCCCACUCACCCCAUCUCUAAGACCGCAGGUCAGUUCCAUCAACCCUACUGUUACUCGCUCCCUCCUUUACAGCGUCCUGCGAGAUGCUCCCUCAGAACGCGGCCCGCAAAGUCGUGAUGCUCAGUUGUCAGACUACCCUUCUUUGGACUACCAAGGCCUCUACGUGACUUUGGUGACUCUCCUGGAUCUAGUUCCUUUACUACAGCACGGCCAACACGAUCUUGGACAGUCGAUAUUUUAUACAACUACAUGUUUGCUACCUUUUCUCAAUGAUGAUAUUCUGAGUACUUUGCCCUACACGAUGAUAUCAACGUUAGCUACCUUUCCUCCAUUUCUGCACAAGGAUAUCAUUGAAUAUCUUAGCACAUCUUUUCUACCGAUGGCUAUAUUGGGCUCCUCAAGGAGAGAAGGUGUACCUGCCCAUGUUAACCUCUCUGCAUCAUCCAUGCUAAUGAUUGCAAUGCAGUACACAUCCAAUCCAGUGUAUCAUUGUCAAUUACUGGAAUGCCUCAUGAAAUAUAAACAAGAAGUCUGGAAAGAUCUUUUGUAUGUGAUUGCGUAUGGGCCUUCACAAGUGAAGCCUCCAGCUGUGCAAAUGCUUUUCCACUACUGGCCCAAUUUAAAACCUCCUGGGGCAAUAAGCGAGUACAGGGGGUUGCAGUACACAGCUUGGAAUCCCAUCCACUGCCAGCACAUUGAAUGCCACAAUGCAAUUAACAAACCAGCUGUGAAGAUGUGUAUAGACCCUUCCCUGUCAGUAGCAUUGGGUGAUAAACCACCCCCGUUGUAUCUCUGUGAAGAAUGCAGCGAGAGGAUUGCAGGGGACCACAGUGAGUGGCUGAUUGAUGUUCUUCUGCCACAAGCUGAAAUAUCUGCUAUAUGUCAGAAAAAGAACUGCAGUUCCCACGUUAGAAGAGCAGUUGUCACCUGCUUCUCAGCAGGGUGCUGUGGUCGUCACGGAAACAGGCCUGUUCGGUACUGCAAGAGGUGCCACUCAAAUCAUCACAGUAAUGAAGUGGGGGCCGCUGCGGAGACUCACCUCUAUCAGACCUCUCCUCCGCCCAUCAACACGCGGGAAUGCGGCGCUGAGGAGCUGGUCUGCGCUGUGGAAGCCGUGAUCAGCUUGUUGAAAGAAGCCGAGUUCCAUGCUGAGCAGCGAGAGCAUGAGCUGAACCGGCGGCGGCAGCUGGGCCUCUCCUCUUCCCACCAUUCCCUGGAUAAUGCUGACUUUGAUAACAAGGACGAUGAUAAACACGAUCAGAGGCUGCUCAGUCAAUUCGGAAUAUGGUUCUUAGUGAGCCUCUGCACACCCAGUGAGAACACGCCUACAGAAAGCUUGGCCCGGCUGGUGGCCAUGGUGUUUCAGUGGUUUCACUCCACUGCGUAUAUGAUGGAUGAUGAAGUGGGAAGUCUGGUAGAAAAGCUGAAGCCUCAGUUUGUCACCAAAUGGCUGAAGACCGUAUGUGAUGUUCGCUUCGAUGUCAUGGUCAUGUGCCUUCUUCCUAAACCCAUGGAAUUUGCCAGGGUUGGUGGCUACUGGGAUAAGUCCUGUAGCACAGUGACUCAGCUGAAGGAAGGUCUCAACCGAAUCCUCUGCCUGAUCCCCUAUAAUGUGAUCAGUCAAUCUGUCUGGGAGUGUAUUAUGCCGGAAUGGCUGGAAGCCAUCAGAACAGAAGUCCCAGAUAAUCAGUUAAAAGAAUUCAGGGAAGUAUUAAGCAAAAUGUUUGACAUUGAACUCUGUCCUCUGCCUUUCUCAAUGGAGGAGAUGUUUGGUUUUAUUAGUUGUCGGUUUACAGGAUACCCCUCCUCCGUGCAGGAGCAAGCUUUACUAUGGCUUCAUGUAUUAUCGGAGUUAGAUAUCAUGGUUCCACUUCAACUACUAAUAAGUAUGUUUUCUGAUGGAGUUAAUUCAGUCAAAGAGCUGGCAAAUCAAAGAAAAUCAAGAGUCAGUGAACUGGCAGGGAACCUUACAUCUCGAAGGGUGAGUGUUGCCUCUGAUCCUGGCCGACGAGUUCAGCACAAUAUGCUUAGUCCAUUUCAUAGUCCUUUCCAGAGUCCGUUUCGGAGUCCUUUGCGUAGUCCGUUUCGUAGCCCUUUCAAGAAUUUUGGACACCCAGGAGGAAGGACUAUUGACUUUGAUUGUGAAGAUGAUGAAAUGAAUCUAAAUUGUUUCAUCCUCAUGUUUGAUCUUCUCCUGAAGCAGAUGGAGUUACAAGAUGAUGGAAUCACGAUGGGUUUAGAGCACAGCUUAUCAAAGGACAUUAUUUCUAUUAUAAACAAUGUCUUCCAAGCCCCCUGGGGGGGAUCCCACACCUGCCAGAAGGACGAAAAAGCAAUCGAGUGCAACUUAUGUCAGUCUAGUAUCCUCUGCUAUCAGCUUGCUUGUGAACUCCUGGAGAGACUAGCUCCUAAAGAAGAAAGCCGGCUGGUGGAGCCCACAGACAGCCUUGAGGAUAGCCUCCUUUCUUCCAGACCAGAGUUUAUCAUAGGCCCUGAAGGGGAGGAGGAGGAGAAUCCUGCAAGCAAGCAUGGGGAGAACCCAGGCAAUCGCACCGAGCCCGUGGAACAUGCUGCAGUAAAGAAUGAUACGGAAAGAAAAUUUUGCUACCAACAGCUUCCAGUAACAUUGAGACUAAUAUAUACCAUUUUCCAGGAAAUGGCUAAGUUUGAAGAGCCAGACAUUCUUUUUAAUAUGCUCAAUUGCCUGAAGAUUCUCUGUCUGCAUGGAGAAUGUUUAUACAUUGCCAGAAAAGAUCACCCUCAAUUUUUAGCCUACAUUCAGGACCACAUGUUGAUUGCAAGCCUGUGGAGGGUCGUCAAAUCCGAGUUCUCUCAGCUGUCUUCACUGGCAGUCCCUCUUCUCCUCCAUGCCCUGUCACUUCCUCAUGGUGCUGACAUCUUCUGGACAAUCAUAAAUGGCAAUUUCAACAGCAAAGACUGGAAGAUGAGGUUUGAAGCAGUGGAAAAAGUUGCUGUAAUUUGUAGAUUUCUGGAUAUUCACUCAGUAACCAAAAACCACCUGCUGAAGUACUCCCUGGCACAUGCCUUCUGCUGCUUCCUGACAGCAGUGGAGGAUGUCAACCCCGCAGUGGCUACCAGAGCUGGUCUCCUGCUUGACACCAUAAAGAGGCCAGCAUUGCAGGGUCUAUGUCUUUGUCUUGACUUCCAGUUUGAUACUGUGGUUAAAGACAGACCCACAAUUUUGAGCAAGCUUUUACUCUUGCACUUUCUUAAGCAGGAUAUUCCUGCUCUGAGCUGGGAGUUCUUUGUCAAUAGAUUUGAGACGCUUUCUUUGGAAGCCCAGCUACAUUUGGAUUGUAACAAGGAAUUUCCUUUUCCUACAACCAUCACUGCUGUGAGGACCAAUGUUGCUAACCUCAGCGAUGCAGCCUUAUGGAAGAUCAAGAGAGCUCGCUUUGCAAGAAACCGCCAGAAGAGUGUACGUUCCCUGAGGGACAGUGUGAAAGGGCCUGUGGAAUCCAAGAGGGCGCUCUCCCUCCCUGAGACCCUGACCUCCAAAAUUCCUAUGAGGUUGACCAGGCAUGAGCAGUCUGCUCCAGCUCUCGGUGGGACACCCGAACAGACGCCAGGACAACAAUCUCCUGAGAAUGACAACACCAUCAAGGACCUGCUCCCAGAAGAUGCUGGGAUCGACCACCAGACAGUUCACCAGCUGAUUACAGUGCUCAUGAAGUUCAUGGCCAAGGAUGAAAGCAGCGCCGAGUCAGACAUCAGCAGUGCAAAGGCCUUCAACACGGUCAAGCGACACCUGUACGUCUUACUCGGCUAUGACCAGCAGGAAGGUUGCUUCAUGAUUGCACCUCAAAAAAUGCGCUUGUCAACUUGCUUUAAUGCAUUCAUUGCAGGAAUUGCCCAAGUUAUGGACUAUAACAUUAACUUGGGAAAACACCUUCUCCCCUUAGUGGUUCAGGUGCUCAAAUACUGCUCUUGUCCUCAACUCCGGCAUUAUUUCCAACAGCCGCCUCGUUGCUCCCUCUGGUCCCUAAAGCCUCACAUCCGGCAGAUGUGGUUGAAGGCCUUGCUUGUCAUCCUUUACAAGUAUCCAUACCGAGACUGUGAUAUCAGCAAGAUCCUGCUGCAUCUGAUUCACAUAACAGUCAAUACACUCAAUGCGCAGUAUCAUAGCUGCAAGCCCCAUGCCACAGCAGGACCUUUGUACAGUGACAACAGUAACAUAAGCAGAUACAGCGAAAAAGAAAAAGAAGAAGAUAGUGUUUUUGAUGAAUCUGAUAUUCAUGAUACACCUACUGGACCCUGCAAUAAAGAGUCUCAAACUUUUUUUGCAAGAUUGAAAAGAAUAGGCGGCAGCAAAAUGGUGAAAUAUCAGCCGGUUGAGAUGAAUGUUCAGAGAAGUGAAAUAGAACUGGCUGAAUAUAGAGAGACGGGUGCAUUACAAGACAGCCUUCUCCACUGUGUGAGAGAAGAAAGCAUUCCGAAAAAAAAGCUACGCUCUUUCAAACAAAAAUCUCUUGAUAUAGGGAAUGCAGACUCGCUUUUGUUUACAUUAGACGAACAUCGUAGGAAGUCGUGCAUAGAUCGGUGUGACAUAGAGAAGCCUCCGACCCAAGCUGCCUAUAUCGCACAAAGACCAAACGACCCUGGACGUUCUAGACAGAACUCUGCUACGAGGCCUGACAAUAGUGAAAUCCCCGAGAACCCAGCUAUGGAAGGGUUUCCAGAUGCUCGAAGGCCUGUCAUACCAGAGGUUAGGUUAAACUGUAUGGAGACUUUCGAGGUGAAAGUUGACUCGCCGGUAAAGCCUGCUCCUAAAGAGGAUUUAGAUCUGAUAGAUCUAUCCUCAGAUUCAACCUCGGGGCCUGAAAAACACUCUAUACUCUCAACCUCCGACAGCGACUCUCUUGUAUUUGAGCCUCUUCCCCCUCUCAGAAUAGUCGAGAGUGACGAAGAAGAGGAGACGAUGAACCAAGGCGAUGACGGCCCCUCCGGUAAAAAUGCUGCCUCUUCUCCCUCCGUCCCCAGCCAUCCCUCCGUCCUCAGCCUGAGCACAACUCCGCUUGUACAAGUAAGUGUGGAGGAUUGUUCCAAAGACUUUUCUUCUAAGGACUCAGGAAAUAAUCAGUCAGCAGGGAACACUGACUCUGCCCUCAUCACUCUGGAAGACCCUAUGGACGCCGAAGGAUCCUCAAAGCCAGAGGAGCUGCCAGAGUUCUCCUGCGGUAGCCCACUGACGCUGAAGCAAAAACGAGACCUCCUUCAGAAGUCGUUUGCUCUCCCCGAGAUGUCACUGGAUGAUCACCCUGACCCGGGCACUGAGGGGGAGAAGCCUGGGGAGCUAAUGCCAAGUUCAGGGGCAAAAACCGUCCUCCUCAAAGUUCCCGAAGAUGCAGAGAACCCCACAGAAAGUGAGAAGCCUGAUACCAGUGCAGAAUCUGAUACAGAACAGAAUCAUGAAAGGAAGGUGGAAGAGGAUGGAGCUGAGGAAUCCGAAUUUAAGAUUCAGAUUGUUCCCAGGCAGAGGAAGCAGAGGAAGAUUGCUGUCAGUGCUAUCCAGAGAGAGUACCUCGACAUCUCCUUCAACAUUCUAGACAAACUGGGAGAACAGAAAGAUCCAGAUCCUUCUACUAAAGGACUUUCAACUUUGGAAAUGCCACGAGAAUCUUCAUCUGCCCCUACGUUAGAAGCAGGUGUGCCGGAAACAAGUAGCCAUUCCUCAAUAUCAACUCAGUAUAGGCAGAUGAAAAGGGGAUCCCUGGGAGUUCUGACAAUGAGCCAGUUAAUGAAGCGGCAGCUGGAGCAUCAGUCUAGCGCCCCCCAUAACAUCAGCAACUGGGACACUGAACAGAUACAGCCUGGGAAACGCCAGUGUAACGUGCCAACGUGCCUAAACCCUGACCUGGAGGGACAGCCAUUGAGGAUGAGAGGUGCCACCAAAUCCAGCCUGCUAUCAGCACCAAGCAUAGUCAGUAUGUUUGUGCCUGCACCCGAAGAAUUCACUGACGAGCAGCCGACGGUGAUGACGGACAAAUGCCAUGACUGUGGGGCCAUUCUUGAAGAAUACGAUGAAGAGACACUUGGGCUAGCCAUCGUGGUCCUCUCCACAUUCAUUCACUUAAGCCCAGACCUGGCAGCCCCGCUGCUGCUGGAUAUCAUGCAGUCUGUGGGAAGAUUGGCAUCCAGUACUACCUUUUCUAAUCAAGCAGAAAGCAUGAUGGUUCCCGGCAAUGCGGCGGGGGUGGCCAAGCAGUUCCUGCGCUGCAUCUUCCAUCAACUGGCCCCCAACGGCAUCUUCCCGCAGCUGUUCCAAAGCACGAUCAAAGAUGGGACUUUUUUACGGACCUUAGCCUCGUCUCUGAUGGACUUCAAUGAGCUGAGCUCCAUCGCAGCUCUCAGUCAGCUCCUAGAGGGUCUAAAUAACAAAAAGAAUUUACCAGCAGGGGGUGCUAUGAUUCGCUGUUUGGAAAACAUUGCAACCUUCAUGGAAGCUUUGCCUAUGGAUUCUCCUAGUAGCCUCUGGACCACAAUUAGCAACCAGUUUCAGACAUUUUUUGCCAAGCUGCCUUGUGUUUUACCUCUGAAGUGUUCUUUAGAUUCCAGUUUAAGAAUUAUGAUUUGCCUCUUGAAGAUCCCUUCUACCAAUGCUACAAGGAGUUUGUUGGAACCGUUUUCAAAACUGCUCAGCUUUGUAAUUCAGAAUGCCGUCUUCACUCUGGCCUACCUGGUGGAGCUGUGUGGCUUAUGUUACCGAGCUUUCACUAAGGAACGAGAUAAAUUCUACUUGUCUCGUAGUGUUGUUCUAGAACUUCUGCAGGCCCUAAAGCUCAAAUCUCCCUUACCAGAUACAAACCUUCUUCUGCUCGUUCAGUUUAUUUGUGCAGAUGCUGGAACCAAACUAGCUGAGUCAACAAUCCUGAGCAAGCAGAUGAUAGCCUCUGUACCUGGAUGUGGGACUGCAGCGAUGGAGUGUGUGAGGCAGUACAUCAACGAAGUGCUGGAUUUCAUGGCAGACAUGCACACGCUGACCAAACUGAAGAGCCACAUGAAGACAUGUUCCCAGCCUCUGCAUGAAGAUACCUUUGGGGGACAUCUCAAAGUGGGGCUGGCCCAGAUUGCAGCCAUGGACAUCUCACGGGGCAACCACAGAGAUAACAAAGCUGUGAUCCGCUAUCUGCCUUGGCUUUAUCAUCCCCCCUCUGCAAUGCAGCAAGGACCUAAAGAAUUCAUUGAGUGUGUCUCCCAUAUCCGACUGUUGUCCUGGCUGCUGCUGGGUUCCCUCACUCACAAUGCAGUGUGCCCAAAUGCCUCCUCUCCCUGCCUGCCCAUUCCUCUGGAUGCAGGCUCCCACGUUGCAGACCAUCUUAUUGUUAUCCUGAUUGGAUUUCCAGAGCAAUCAAAGACCUCCGUGCUGCACAUGUGCUCCCUCUUCCACGCGUUCAUCUUUGCUCAGCUCUGGACAGUUUAUUGCGAGCAAAGUGCCGUCGCUACAAAUCUCCAAAAUCAGAAUGAAUUCAGCUUCACGGCGAUACUGACAGCACUAGAAUUUUGGAGUAGGGUGACACCCAGCAUCCUUCAGCUAAUGGCCCAUAACAAAGUGAUGGUAGAAAUGGUGUGUCUCCAUGUGAUUAGUUUAAUGGAGGCAUUGCAGGAAUGCAAUUCGACCAUUUUUGUCAAGCUGAUACCUAUGUGGUUGCCAAUGAUUCAGUCAAAUAUCAAGCACUUAUCUGCGGGACUCCAGCUUCGCCUCCAGGCUAUUCAGAACCACGUGAACCACCACAGCCUAAGGACGCUGCCGGGCUCGGGCCAGAGCAGUGCUGGCCUGGCAGCCCUCCGAAAGUGGUUGCAGUGCACUCAGUUCAAAAUGGCCCAGGUGGAGAUCCAGUCCUCGGAAGCAGCCUCUCAAUUUUAUCCUCUAUGAGUGGACUCCUCAGCGCUCAGUGUCAACACUCUGGUUUAGCAAUAAUGGGUUUAAAAACAAACAAUUUGAUCCAAGCAGGUUGGGGAACAUAUUGGUACUGUACAUUCUCUUUCUAGUUUAGUAAAAGAUGUGCAAAGGCCAGAGAGGGCCGAAAAUGAAGCUUUCUUGCUACACAUAUUUCUGAUGACUCCUUGGGCUAUCUGAUUAAGUGUUUCCUUACAUUAUUUUUUAAAAACCAAAUCAUUUUUCUUUAACUAACUUCUAUUUUUUUUAAGAAAAAAAAUAGACUGGUGGGUACUCACAGAAAAGUUGUAUAAGUCCCCCUGUUGCUAUUUUUGAUGAUAGAGAAUAAAUAGGGUUUUUGAAACCUUUGUAGUGUUUUUUCUUAAAAUCCACUCUUGGCAAUGCAAUAAAAAAAACCGUCACCAUAAGCCAGUGACACCUGACUGAAGCUUUUUGUCUUUAUCCUGGGAAAAGUGGCAGCUUGCAAGGAACAUUACAAAGUGCACUUAGAAAUUAGGUGGUUAAACUGUGCCAAUUGUUUUCGUUGUUUUAUAAUAUCAUUUUCCAAGACUGUCCAGUAAGUUUUAUUAUUUUUAAAACUAGUUUUUCAACUCAUUAGUUCUAGGCUGUACUGUCUUGUAAGCUUUAUGAUAACCACUUUAGUCUUGUGAAUAAUAAAUUUUAUUCUUUUGUUAAUACUUGUAUACAAUUUAAUUGAAAACUGUAGCUUGCACACGGGACCAGAUGAGUCCCUCACUGGCACAGUGCCCUGCACCUGGAGUGAUGUUUCAUAAAACGGAAUUUUAAUAGUGUAAGAGCACCAAGAUUUCUCCGCACCUAUACCUAGCGUUGGACUGUGCAUUCCAAAUGAAAUUCCUCCUCUUUAUCCCUGUAAUGCACUGACUAACAGAAGACUUACUACACAUUUAAACUGUAUAUUGACAUGCUAUUAAAUGCAUUUUUUAUUA